UGUGAAUGAGUGUGUGCAGUCCCCAGGAGUGUGUUUGGUGGGAGAGUGUGUGAACACCAUGGGAAGUUACAGGUGUGUGUGUCCGUCUGGGUACCGGAGUAGCGGCGAGCAGACCAGUUGUACAGACAUCGACGAGUGCCAGCUGAACCCCUGCAGGAACGGUCGCUGUGACAACACGCCAGGCAGCUACAGGUGUGUCUGUCGCCUUGGUUACAGGCUCACAGGCAACACCUGCACAGAUGUGGAUGAGUGUGACGACCCUCUGCAGUGUCCUGGUCAGGAGUGUAUCAACAGUCAGGGAUCGUACCGCUGUGCGUCCUGUCAGCCUGGAUAUGGACUUAUCAACCAACUCUGCACAGACAUCAACGAGUGUCGUCAGAAUCCCUGCUCCAACGCUCGCUGUGAAAACACACCCGGGAGCUACCGCUGUGUCUGUCGCCACGGUUACAAGCUCCAGAACAACACCUGUACAGACAUAGACGAGUGUGCGGAGCCAUCUCAGUGUCCUGGUCAGAUGUGUGUGAACACGGUGGGAUCAUACCGCUGUGUGUCCUGUCGACCAGGAUACACACUGACCAACAGACAGUGUACAGGUACAC